GCUGUAAAGAUCAGCUGGAGGAUCUCCUCUGACUGUCGGUGUCGGCUGCUUUUCUCCGAUAAAGACAACAAACGAGCUGGGGACUUCGUCUUCAACGGUAAGCGGACGGACAGGAGCUGACAGUCUGCUGGAAAGUCAAGCCAGUCGGAACCAGACGGAAGAAACAUGGCCCCGACACUGUACGAUGAGAAACCAGAUCCUGGGGAUUUGAUUGAGAUCUUCCGGGGCUCCUAUCAGCACUGGGCUGUGUAUGUUGGCGAUGGCUUUGUUGUCCACUUGGCACCACCCUCAGAGGUCCCAGGUUCAAGUGCCAACAGUAUGAUGUCGGUUCUAGCUGAGAAGGCCUUGGUGAAGAAAGAGGAGCUGUGGGAUGUGGUGGGAACCAACCAGUGGAAGAUCAACAACAGCCAGGACAAGAAGCACAAGCCCCGCUGUGCUCGCGUUAUCGUGAGGGAGGCCUGUGCGAUGGUCGGCCAGGAGCUGCCGUACUGCGUCUUCAGGGGGAACUGUGAGCACUUUGUAAACGAGCUCCGCUACGGAAAAGCUGAGUCCCAGCAGGUGUGUAAGGCCAGAGAUACUGCCUUGAUUGCCGGAGUGGCUGGAGCGGUCCUCAUGGGUGCCGUGUAUCUGUUUGGAGGCAGCAAGAAAGAAAACAAGAACAAAGAGUGAUUGAAGUCCUGGGUGGCCUGUUCAGUAACUUGAUGAACGGAUCAUCCGCAAAGCCUAACUUUCACUUUUCAUGUUCACUCACAGAAACAAAGCCUAAUUUACAUCUGUGGUAUAGCCAAAUAUGAUAUGAUUAAUUUCCAUCUUGCCUACUUUACCUACUUUACUUUAGAUCAAAGCUCUGUGUUUUUCAGACUUUUUUACAUUUCUACAACUUUUGCACAACUGACAAUAUGUAAACACUUUGAGCUGCCAAGAUGAAAUAUGUUUGAAUGUUUGAUAUUAACUGAAGAUUUUGAAGAUUGUAUUUUUUGGAUUGUGAAUGACGUGAGAAGCUGAGGUGGUCUUUUCGAUUCAUAAAAACAAAAAUGGCUUGCGGUCUCUGCUUAUGAAGAUAUAAUAUUACUUACUUGAGUUGAACCUAUGGACAAGAAGAAUAUCUUAAAUACUCAAAAUAAGAAAAACUAUGUAAUGUGUGUAAUGCACUACGGCCUUCUGUUAAGUGUUGAAGUACCUUGAUAAACUGGGGGCACUGGGCUGAACUAACACUCCUGAAGUUUUAAGACAUCUCUAUUGAAUAACACAUUGUCUCCACAUUUAUUUGUUUGUUUUGAAUAAAUAAUAAUUUGUGUGAUUCUGGAUCGUGUCUUCAGUGUCAAAGAGGGCCCUGUUCGUUUUGAAUGCAUUUAAUUGUGCUUUUAAUUGUUCACUUAUUUCUUUGUCACUUUUUAAUCAUUUUAUUAGAUGGAGCAUGCAUAAAGUAUCAAUAUUCCUGUGCUGUAGAUUACAUCUGUGUCUGCUGUCUGUCCCAGGACAUCGCUCCUGUUUGUAAUGAUUCUGAAUUUUUUAACUUUUUAUAUUCCAUGAGCUCCAAAUUCUGUUUCCUCUUUUAGGUGAAAAUAUUUAGAGUGAUGGAGAUUUUCAGGUGUUGCGGAUCUCACGAUAUAAGCAGUGUUGUGGAGUUAUUGUGCGCAUUGUGUACGUAUACUGGA